CGACCGUAAUAAAAAAGUAAUAACGUCAGUUUUGAUACAGCCGAUGAGCUUUGCUACCAAUCUUGUAGAGCUGGCCUCAGAACGCUAAAAAAAUGUGUUGUGCCCUCGACGUAAUUUUCCGAGAUAAUUGACACCUUUGCGAUAAGAUCCGUUGAAAUCGUGAGUCUCUUGUGCUGGUUUUGGGUCUAUUGGUCGUGGCGGAAAAUACUGAAGCCAUCUUAAUGUGUUCUCCCAUAGACCACUAUAUAUCUAGAUAUAUAGUGGUCUAUGGUUCCCAUUGUGUCCUUCCGUUGAUGUAUGUAUUUGCUUCGAUGCCUUCUUAUUCUCGACGCACCGUGAUAUGGAUUAUGACAUCAAUGGAGGAACUGCACCCAUCUGCUCGACUGACAGUGAUAUCUGGCCCGGCGACUCGGAGUGAGGCGGUCGCUGGGCGGCGAGGAGCGGCUGCCGCCGCGCUGAGUUGGCGGCGGCCGGCGCCCGUCAGGACGGGUAUUCCUGGCCGGCCGGGGACGCUAUUUUUACGGGGCCCAUCGGUCGGAGUCGGCCCAGACGAUCGGUCGCUGCGGACGCCGCCACAGAUCGAGUCACUCGAUCGUGCCGGGGGUGCGGUCCCUGUCGUUCGACGAGGACGCGCCGCUGCCUCAGCUGCCGGCCUGGGUGGCCGACCCGCGCCGCACCGUACCGCCAGACGGCGCCGACAGCGGAUCAGGUGAGCAGAGAUGGAGCCCACCGACACCGAUGACGACAUUGACAUCCGCGGCGACCCGGCGUCUCUGCCACCAACUCUGUAUGUGCUGGAGCUGGCGGCGGGUGUGCCGGCAGCCACGGUGGACUGGUACAUCAGCCGGGUGCAGGGCCGCCGCCGGACCGGCGGUGCUGAGCUGCUCGUCAGCGCCCAGCCCCAGCUGCCUGGAAAGGGUCUGGUUCUCCACCUGACUGCAUCCCGCAUCAAACUGCUCGAGACGGCCGAGCGCAUGGAACUGAGGAAGAAGGACCGGGACGGUUAUCUGCGCGACUUUACCUGCGCUGAGCUGGACGAGUUUCUUGGCGAGGGUGGCGUGGACGGUCUCCUAACCAUGUGCGAGAAGCAGCGGAUCGUGCUGCACGAGCUGGAGCACAUCCGGGCGCGCUCGGCCGAGCACCAGCUGCCGGGCUACCCGAGCAUCCAGCUGUUCCCGGGCCAGAGCGUCACCCGGCUGCUGCUGCAGGAGGGCAUCAUCGCCCAGCUGUUCCCCGUGCACGACACGGCCGAGCUCGAGCGGCUGGGCAAGUCGUGGUACGCGGCGCUCUUCCAGCGACAGCCGUUCGAGGACAUCCGCGCCUACUUUGGUGAGUCGGUGGCGCUGUAUUUCUCGUUCCUGGGCUUUUACACGACGGCGCUGUGCGGCCCGGCGGCGCUCGGCCUGCUUCAGCUGGUCUUCUCGGUGGACACACUGCACGAGUACGCUCUGUACUCGCUCUUCAACAUGCUCUGGGUCACCGUCUUCCUCGAGGCGUGGAAGCGGAAAUGUAACGAGCUGGCAUACGUCUGGGGCGUGAUGGACAAGACGCAGAUGUCGUUCCUCGAGCCGCGGGCCAACCACCGCGGCGAGAUGGUGCGAGACGAGAUCACCGGCCGCUACAUGCCCUACUACCCGCGCUGGAAGACGUUACUCAAGCUGUAUCUGGUCUCCAUCCCCGUCGUGGUGGUCUGCCUGUUCGGCUCGUUCUACCUGAUGCUGGUGUCGUUCUGGGCCGAGGAGUACCUGACGCUGCACCGGGACCAGUACGGCGGCAACCUGGCCGCCGUGCUCAUCAUGCUGCCGUCCGUCAUCUACUCGGUGGUGGUACUCGUGCUCAACCAGUACUACAACAAGAUGACCACCUUCCUCACCGAGUGGGAAAACCACCGCACUCAGAAGCAGUUUGACUACUAUCGCGUCAUCAAGCUGGCGCUGUUCGAGUUCGUCAACAGCUUCAUGUCGCUCUUCUACAUCGCCUUCUACAUCCAGGACUUGGAGAUGCUCAGAGGGCAACUGGCCGUGAUGCUCAUCAUCCAGCAGCUGGUCAACAACUUCCAGGAGGCGCUGCUGCCCAUCGUCAUCCGCACCACGUACUCAAAGGUUCAGGAGAAGGUGGUGACCAAGCUGAAGGAGCACAAGCUGACCCGGAAGCUGUUCGAGAGCCGCACCCUGGACGCGGUGGACGCUGAUGACGCGCGCGUCCGAGUCAGGACGCUGGAGCCGGACGACCCGCGCGUACAGGAUGUGUCGGAGCAGCUCCAGCUGGAGCCCUACCCGGACACAUCCGACGACUACCUGGAGAUGUUCGUCCAGUUCGGCUACGCCUUCCUCUUCUCGUCCGUCUUCCCGAUGGCUGCCUUCUGGGCCGUCUUCAACAACCUGCUGGAGAUCCGUGCCGAUGCCUUCAAACUGUGCAAGGUCUACCAGCGGCCGCCGGCCAAGAGCGUGCGAAACAUCGGAGCCUGGAUGCCGGCGUUCGAGGUGCUCGGUUUCGUGGCGGUGUUCACCAACUGCGCGCUGCUCUGCAUGUCCCCGGCGCUGCGUUCACUGGCUCCCGGCCUCACAUCCGUCGAGUGGGUGGUGGUGUUUGUACUACUGGAACACACCCUGCUGGCGCUCAAACUCACCCUGACUCAGGUGGUGCCCAACGUGCCCUACUGGAUCCGCAAGGCGAUCGCGUCACACGAGUACAGAGUGCGCCAGCAGCUGCACAGGAAGCGGCGCCGCGAGACCCGCCACCGGCUGUCUCGCCGCUUCUCCUCCAAGGCGGCGGCAGUGGCGGCCAUACAGCGGCCGGUCAGCUUUCAGCCGGACUCGGGUGUCCGCCUGCGGACCCACUAGUGGUGGAAACCACUACACUCGACCGGGUGAGGCAGCUAGUGUGUCCGCCAGCGCCGCAAUCCCCGACCGCAGCCCUGUUGGCAGCAAGUGCCUACUCGUGUGCUCAAUCGUCUCGAAUGAGCGUUGUUGGCUGGUUUUGAACUGUCAAGCUGCAGUUUUCUUAUCGAUUUGGGUACGUGAUUCUUAGCAGCGAUCAGAAAUGGACAAUAUUUUCUAUAAAUUUUAUAUGAUCGAAUCAACAUGGGAGGUGGUUGCGGAACAGCUUUAAUAUGUUACGUUCUCAAAUGACGGUGUUCACUUCUCAGGAGCGUCUAGCCAUAAAUUUACAGAAAUGAUCAUGUCUUGUCUGGUGUUGCUUUGGUGCCGACUAAGCCUUGUGGGCUUAGAUCCUUACGGAAAGUGUAUGUGUGCCUGAUGCGUGAGUCAAAGCAAUAAUUGUUAAAGCUUUUCAGAGUGAUUUACCCUGAUAGUUCUUAUUAGUCGUUGAAAAGAGACUUGGCUACCAUAGGAUAGCAUAAAGGCUUAGGAUAGGCGUUUGCCCUCCUAGUCAGAUAGUUCGACUUUAUGGUUUACACUGUUUGUAUAUAUCGAAUGCUAUUUAAUUUUGUUAUGCGGCGAUCUGCGGUACUCUUACACCCAUGUGCAGUUUCUUGUGAAAUUUAUCUACCGAGUGAAACAAACCUGCAGUGGAUUGGUAAAUGUUCGGCAGUUAGUACUUACUUUUGUCUCAAUGCUGAUAUGUGUUUUCUAUUUGAUUUAUUUUCUUCCACCUGUCCUCUGUCCACCUGUUCCUCUGAAAGUCGUUGCCAGAGCUGAGCGCUGGUUUCUGGUCGCGUACUGACCCUAUCUACCUGCACAAUCUAAAUGAUUUGACUCUGCCACUUUGGCGUCUGAGCGGGUCGCGUCCUCCCGGUCCGUGGAGCAGAGCACUGCCUCUCCGAGUGAGGCAGGGCGAUUGUCGGCUGCCAUUUUCUCUGGAAUCGGUGGAGCAGAAGCUUCCUCGUUCUUCCCGUCCUCUUUUGUUUUUGAUAGACAGAGUGAGCGAUCACGCCGCUACUUUUGGAUCUGUCAAUAAACGGACCGAGCCUGA